AUGGACCGACUACUUCAAGCGCUAGCAGAAACUGCGCUAAGCCAGGAGCAGACAUUACGUCAGAUCGGUGAGUCACAAAAGAAAAUGACGGAGAUACUAUCACAUCGAAUAUCGGGAACAGACGAUACUGCAAAGUCGUCGCAAUUCGCAAAUCUGGCUACACGGCUCGGUAAAUUCGUUCAUGACCCUGCAAGGGGUAAAACUUUCACGUUAUGGUUUGAACGACAUAGAAGCACUUUCGCGGAAGGAGCGAAGGGUUUAACCGAUACGGAGGGAAAAGAGCUACUUCUUAAUGCUCUCGGGGAUGACGAGUAUCAACAAUUACUCAGUCGUUUAUCGCCGAACAAACCGCAAGAGAUGUCUCUUGCAGAUCUCGUGCAACAUCUUCGAAAACAAUUCCAUGACAAUAAAAAGCUAUUUCAACGUCGUUUUGAAGUUCUCAAUUUUCGUGCUUCCCCGCCAGCAACGGCUAUAGAAAUACUUGACAAAGUAAAUGUUCUGGAAGAUGCCUUUGAACUCGAUAAUUUCAAUAUCGACCAGCUCAAAAUUCUACUAACGGCUCUCGCCCUAAGCGACCACACCUACUACACGGAGCGAACAGUCCUCCUCAAGGUUGCAUCAGAAAAAGAAAACUGCACAUUUCAAGAUAUUAGAGAAAUCUGCUACGUACAUGCGAAUCGCACGGCUGACGUCAUGCGCGUUGAAGGAUAG